GCCCCCAUCGGCCCCCUCCAGUGUGCCACGGCUGCCUGUGUUGUCGCAACCAUGAAAGUCGGCUCUGGCCCUGGCCUCAUCUUCUGUGGCUUGCUGCUGCUGCUGCUGCUGCUGCUCCAGACCCCUGGCAGCCUUGGCCUUCCCCACCAGUCCAGAGGGCACCUCUGUGGGACAAGACCCACCGACCUGGUGUUUGUUGUCGACAGCUCUCGUAGUGUGCGACCUGUGGAGUUUGAGAAGGUGAAAGUGUUCCUGUCGCAGGUCAUCGAGUCACUGAAUGUGGGGCCCAAUGCCACGCGGGUGGGCUUGGUCAACUAUGCCAGCACCGUCAAGCCUGAGUUUCCACUUCGGGCUUACGGCUCCAAAGCCUCACUGCUGCAGGCUGUGCGCCGCAUCCAGCCUCUGUCCACAGGCACUAUGACCGGCCUGGCCUUGCAGUUUGCCAUCACCAAAGCCUUCAGCGACAACGAGGGUGGGCGCGCCGGGUCCCCCGACAUCAGCAAGGUGGUCAUCGUGGUGACAGAUGGGAGGCCCCAGGACAGCGUGCGGGACGUGUCUGCACGCGCCCGGGCCAGCGGCAUCGAGCUGUUCGCCAUCGGCGUGGGUCGCGUGGACAAGGCCACGCUGCGGCAGAUUGCCAGCGAGCCGCAGGAUGAGCACGUGGACUACGUGGAGAGCUACAACGUCAUUGAGAAGUUGGCCAAGAAGUUCCAGGAGGCCUUCUGCGUGGUGUCAGACCUGUGUGCCACAGGGGACCACGACUGUGAGCAGGUGUGCAUCAGUUCUCCAGGCUCCUACACCUGUGCCUGCCAUGAGGGCUUCACCCUAAACAGCGAUGGCAAGACUUGCAAUGUCUGCAGUGGUGGUGGCGGCGGCUCAGCUACUGAUUUGGUCUUCCUCAUCGAUGGAUCUAAGAGCGUGCGGCCAGAGAACUUUGAGCUGGUGAAGAAGUUCAUCAACCAGAUUGUGGACACACUGGACGUGUCAGACAGGCUGGCCCAGGUGGGGCUGGUGCAGUACUCGAGCUCUGUGCGUCAGGAGUUCCCGCUUGGCCGCUUCCACACCAAGAAGGACAUCAAGGCGGCUGUGCGGAACAUGUCCUACAUGGAGAAGGGCACUAUGACUGGGGCUGCCCUGAAGUAUCUUGUUGACAACUCCUUCACGGUGUCCAGUGGGGCGAGGCCUGGUGCCCAGAAGGUGGGCAUCGUCUUCACGGAUGGUCGGAGCCAGGACUACAUUAAUGAUGCUGCCCAGAAGGCAAAAGAACUUGGCUUUAAGAUGUUUGCAGUGGGUGUAGGCAAUGCUGUGGAGGAUGAGCUGAGGGAGAUCGCCUCAGAGCCUGUGGCAGAACAUUACUUCUACACAGCUGACUUCAAGACCAUCAGCCAGAUUGGCAAGAAACUACAGAAGAAGAUUUGUGUGGAGGAAGACCCAUGUGCCUGUGAGUCUAUAGUGAGAUUCGAGGCCAAGGUUGAGGGGCUGCUGCAGGCCCUGACCAGGAAGCUGGAAGCUGUGAGCAAGCGACUGGCUGUCCUGGAGAACAGAAUCGUCUAAGGCCACCUCCCACCAUGGCCUUGCCACCUCCCAUCCCAUGCAUGGCUGGCUGAGUCCUGCAAAUGUCCCCUGUAGCUCCAGUUAGUCCAGCUUUGUGGUUUUAGCAAGGGACUUGGGGGAGCUAGGCUCUGGGACACCUGCAGGCCUCUCCAGCUUCUGCAGUCCUUGGAUUAGGAGCAGGAGGGGACCCAUGCCUGUGUCUGUCAGAGUGUGAGAGGUUGCUUGGGAGCACGUGUGUGUGCCUGAGGGCGCAGGUGUCUGGGAGCAGGGACAUGUGCACAGGUGAGAACACAGAGAGUGGAUGUGAGAGAGACUGUGUGCAUUUUUCCCUCAACCAAAAGCUUAAUAUAUUCCUAUACCCCCCCAUUAACC